AUGCACCUUAUUAGCAUAAAAUAUGCUAUAGGCUAUGCAGAGCCGUGGUCAGGUCCAAUCAGGUCCAAUCAGGUCCAAUCAGGUCCAAUCAGGUCUAUCAACUGUAGUUACAAAGACCUGAUGACCAUCCAACAGGACCUGACCUGGACCAGAGAGAAAAGUUCGAAUUUUGGACGGGUCGGGUCUUGGGUAUUGGGGUUGGGGUCGGGUCUUGGGUCUUGGGGUUGGGGUUGGGGUGGACCCGUGAAGACCUCUAACCUCUAUAGCAUUAUGUAGGGCAACGGGCCUUUCAGGUUCUGUCCCAAAUGGUACCCUAUUCCUUACAUAUAGUGCACCACUUUCGACCAGACUCUGGUUAACAGUAGUGCACUGUAUGGUGAAUAGGGUGUGAUUUGGGACAGAAGCCAUAUCUCCAAGCUAACAGCCCUCCUCCCCAGCUCCUCUACGAACCUCUCCUCGUCCGGCUGGGACCAGAACCAGACCAACCUACGGCGAGUAUCAGACCAGUUCAGCUCUCUGGGCAGCAUGGACAGUCUAGACGUCUCCCACCACCCCUACCCCCCAGGACACCUCACCCCGGUCAAGUCCAACACCAGCACAGAGCACCUGGGAGGGGGCAAGAGAGACUCAGCAUACAGCUCCUUUUCCACCAGCUCUGGUACCCCCGACUACAUCCUCUCUAAGAGCAAUGCUGCCUCCACAGAGAACAUGCUGUAUGAGGUGAGCCAGUGGGAAUCACGGGACAGCCCCAGGACAGAGGAGCAGACAGGGCCAGGCUCUUCCCACUCCUCCAGCUCUGCUAGGGCUAGCUGCGGUCCUGUCUGGCACGUUCCUGACAAGAAGAAGACCUCCGCUCCCUCUCCUCCUCCCCCACCGCCCGUACGCAGUGACAGCUUCGCUGCUACCAAGUCCCAUGAGAAGGGUCUGGUUCUAGCCUAUCCAGAUGGACCUGGUGCUCACACCCAGCCCAAGUCCCAUGAGAAGGGUCUGGUUCUAGCCUAUCCAGAUGGACCUGGUGCUCACACCCAGCCCAAGUCCCAUGAGAAGGGUCUGGUUCUAGCCUAUCCAGAUGGACCUGGUGCUCACACCCAGCCCAAGUCCCAUGAGAAGGGUCUGGUUCUAGCCUAUCCAGAUGGACCUGGUGCUCACACCCAGCCCAAGUCCCAUGGUAAAGGACUGACCAAAGGGAUGGACUCUGAUAACUCACAGCGCACCAAUGGCGCUCGGCGUAGCCAUCACAACCUAGCCUCCAAGAACAACAUGGUCCCUCCUUACAUUUCACCAGAGAACUGUCAUCAGAACCAGGUGAACUGUAACAAGCUGUACUCUCUAUCCAGUAGUGAUGUCAGGUUGGGGCAGCCUACCGACCUGCCCUGCCACCAGAGACAGCACAGUAAUGAGAGCUCUCUCUACUCCCACCCCAGGACCUCAUCUGUCCCCAAACAGCAGAACGCCAGCGGCUUCUACAGCAGCAUGCAAGAGCUACCCACCAACUACAAUACCCAGAACACCCAGCUCUACAGCCUGUCCCCAGACAGCACUGGAGACAGCCGGUACUACUGUGUGACGGCCAGACAGCCUGGUCAACUGGUCACUCAGGCCCAGCUGGUCAAGACUGACGAAUGGAGGGGUGGAGUGGGCAGAGAGGAGGGUGUGGAGGGUGGAGGAGAUAGGAAGUCACUCACUCCCCAGGGGUCAGGGGUCACCAAGGCUAAGUACCAGCCACCUACACCUCUCAACAACGACAGUAAGGGAUAUAGCAAACAGGAUGACGGCUUCCGCCUCAAACAGCCAGCUACCAUUUCUCCCUCUGCUGUAUUGGACUCCUGUAGAGCCCAGCCCAGCGCUGAGGAGCAGCCAGGCCUGAAGAGGAACGGCAGCCAGACAGCAGAGCCCCACGAUAUGAGUUACCCCCCUAGAAGGCAGUCUCUGCAGCCCCUCCAGCAGGACACCAUACACUGUCAAGAGAUGCUGCCAGACCGCUCUACCACCAGACCCAGUCAAAUCUGCCCUCAGACCACCAGCGGCCUCAGCAACUCAGGCCUCAGACCCAGAGACUGUUCCAGUCAGGAGACUGUAGAUCUCUCCAGUAAACAGUGCAGGAGGAACGACCGGUUCGCCACCACCCUGAGGAAUGAGAUCCAGAUGAGACGCGCCCAGCUGCAGAAGAGUGAGAGCGCUGCCUCCCUGAGUGGACCCUGUGAGGCGGAGGAGGACCAUGAGGUGCCGGAGGUCUGGCGGCCCAAAAAUACCACCUCUUCUUCAGAUGGCUCCUUCACUUCCACCUAUAAGGACCAUCUGAAGGAGGCGCAGGCCCGCGUGCUGAAGGCCACCUCCUUUAGGAGGAGAGACCUGGAGCCUGUCCUUCUGGAGCACCCUGGGGCGGAGGCAGGAUCCCUGCCUGUCUACCCCUCCUCUGGCCUGGGGAGGAGAGACAACUUUAACCCCCUGUCCAGCCUCUCUGAGGGCCUCCCAGCCAGGUCUGGCUCUGCCCAGAGUCAGGUGACCCGUAUCGGAGGUAGGAAGCGUUUCACCACGGAGAAGAAGGUCCGGUGUUUCUCUGAGCCAGACAAAAUCAACGAGGUGGGGGUGGAGGAGGAGCUGACCCUCCCUGAGGCUGCAGGCUCCUUGCUGAACCGACGCUCCACCGCCAGACCUGCUUUCACCAGAUCACUCCCGAAAACUGCCCUGCCAGGCCCUGUCGAGGACUGUGGAGAGGGCAAGGAGAGAUCCAGGGGUGAUUCUAACAUGUCCAGCAGCAGGAAGGAACUGAGAGAGACCAGGACUAGAGCUACCCCAGAGGGGGGUCAGGGACAGGACCACAGACAGCAGGCCCUCCUGGAGCUCCAGAGACUGGGGACCUUCGCUGAGUACGAGGCCACCUGGAACACCCAGAAGAAAGCAGCUGGGACCAGAGGCUCAGGACGCCCUCUCUCUGCUGAUAACUUCCUGGAUCCUGGAGGAGAUGACCGGACCAAACCAGCCCCAGUCCACGAGAGGUCCCGAUCCUCACCCUCCGCUGACUUCUAUGACAAGGUGAGAUCCUGGCAGUGUCUGACAUGGCAUCCUAUUGUCUUUGUAGUGCACUGCUUUUGACAAGGGCCCGUAGAUCUCUAAACUGAGUCAUUGUCAAACUCAUUGUGCUGGUUCAAAUGUUCCUGCGUGUUAUGACUUUACUCUCAGUUCAACAUCUCUAUGGGGAGGAGCUCUCUGCUCCAUCACACCUGACAAGGCCAAUGAAAAACAUGCCUCGCUGGAAGCUCUGCCUUCCACAGGUGGUAACGCUGAGGCUCGGAUUCAUUCCUUAGAUUUUUCGCUCUUCACCUUGAGCUAAGCAGAACGAUUCGCACUACUAAAAAUACAUUUGGAACGUGAUAAGAAAAGGACUAGGGUGGACUAUCAUAGGCUAGGUUGAAGAGUGAUAUCUUAGGCUAG